AAAUAUUUAAUUAUCGGUGUAAAUUGUGUGUAAACAAAAUAAAAUAAUGAACAAGCAAGAGGAACUUAUCGUUUGUGUGCCAGGACAAAGAUUAUGUGUAUCUGAUAAAAUUAAUAUAGCUGGACCUGGAACAUAUGAGCAGCAGGGUUAUAUUUAUUCCAAGCUUGCUGGCAUAGUAAAAUUAAUAACAGAUGGAAAAACUCGUACAAUUGAAGUACAGGGUAUAACGGAGCAGAGUAUUGUUCCUGCUCCAGGUGAUAUUGUUACAGCUAUGGUCACUAUAGUUAAUCAGAGAUUUUGUAAAUGUAGCAUCAAGUGUAUAGGUGACAUAGUACUGACGAGACCUUAUAGAGGGAUAUUAAGAAAAGAAGAUGUUCGAGCAAUUGACAAAGAUAAACUAGAAAUGUAUAAAUGCUUUCGACCUGGAGAUAUUAUUCUCGCAAGAGUUAUGCCAAUGACAGAAGCACAUACUUAUCAAUUAAAUACUGCGGAAAAUGAAUUAGGAGUAGUAAUAGCACAUAGUGAAGAAGAUAUUCGACUAAUGAUGCAUGGAUUCGGUGAUAGUAGUGAACCGUUAUUUGAAUCUGCAAAAAUCAUAGAGGAUAUUGUGCUGCAGCAAAUGAAAGCAAUUCUCAAAAGAGCGUGCGAAAUUGCUGACAGGCGAGCCGGUCAUCUUUCGAAGAAGAGUAACAUAAUUAAUGGAGAGGACUUAAUUUUUUUAUUGCGCAAAGACAAGGUCAAGCUUCAGCGUCUUCUAAAAUAUCUUGAAAUCAAAGAAUUCGGAGGCUCGGCUCAAAAAAUGUUAAUAAACGAUACACCACAAGGUAUCAUAGACCAUGAACAAAUCGACAGUGCCAAGAAAAAAGUCCCAUUUAAGACUUUUCUAGAACAGAUUGACAACACAGGCGAACUUCUAGAAAAUUCAUCCACUAUGGAUUACAUCAAACGACGUAGAUGCAUUCGUGCGGAUAUCGCAACAAGAUCCAUGGAUGAAAUGAAUUAUAUGAAAUAUAGCAAGGCUCGUCGUGUGUCCUUUGUGAACAAGAAUCGCUAUAAAUUUAGUGACUGGAUUGGCUUGGAUGGUGAUAUUACUGUGUCGAAACAGGCAUAUACAAUCUUAAGUUAUCUCGCAUAUGAAACGGUUGCUCAAAUUAUUGAUCUCACUUUCCUAGUUCGGCAGGAUCAAAAUAAAAUGCAAGGCGAUGCUAUAGAUCGACAGCGACUCAAUUAUGUUAAUCCAUUUACAUAUAAGCCGUAUUUUUAUCAUGACAAGAAGGAGUUUACUGUCGUAACAAAACCAUUUACUCCUUCAGAAAUAAAUGAAGCUCUUAGGAGGUAUUGGUCUCCGCAACUAGAUAUGACAGGCCCCUUUAAUAGAUGGUCCAUGAGAAGAUCCAAUUUAAAACUCCUCUCAUGCUAAAUAUAAACGUGAGGAAAAUUACAGUUCACAACUAACUACUUUAAAAUAAUAAAAAAAAUAUCAUAUAAUAAAAUAA